AUGGAAUCUACAUGUAAAGAAAGGAGUCUUUUAUACCUACUUAUCUUUGCAAUAUGCACAGCCAGCGUUUGCUUUUGUUCAAGAAGAUCAAAUGCUCGGAGAUCUGAUCGCCUGAGUCCUCCGCUAGACAUCCAGCUGGAGACAGUCAACUGCACCGCCUUUAGUGUACGAUGGAAGAUGCCCCGGCGACAUGUUAGCACCAUCACUGGAUACAAGGUCUUCUACACAGAGAUGAGGAAUGUCCAUUCAAUGGGGACAGAGUCUUUGUUGGAGGUGCCUCUCAGCUUGGACAUGCUGACCACUGGGCAAUUCGAUGGACAAGCAAGCUUUGAUGUGGACAUUGUUAACCUUAGAGUGAACACUAAGUACAGAGUCACUGUUGGAGCGUAUGGUUGGGCAGGGGAGGGGAGACCCAGCAUGCCCCGAGACAUCGGCACUGCGUCACAUGACAUGUGCAUGCCCCCAUCGCCCCCCACUCAGCCUGUUGUCAUGGCGGUAUCUGACACAGAGCUGGCGUUGUCAUGGCAGCAAGGAGAGAGCGAGGGAAGUGCACCUGUCCUUCACUUCCUGGUGGCUUACAUCAGGCCAGAAAUGGACACGGAGUGGACGUACAUCCGUGAGCCCAUUGAGACCAACUCCAUGGUUUUGAAGGGAUUAUUACCGGAAACAGAGUACCAGUUUGUUGUCAGGGCAGCCAACGUGCACGGAGUCAGCCCACCCAGCCACAUCAACAGCCCCGUGCGCACGCUCGGUGCCUCAGAUGUUAGCAGCGGUGACUACGGCCGUUACUUCACAGAUUCAAGGAUCAAAGAUGAAGAUGGCUUCGACAUUGAUGACUCUGAUUAUGAUAUCUUUAUUGAAGAGUUAAAGCCAUUCCCAGGUAUCAAUCAGGACAACAGGAAGUCGCAGCUCCGUUCACGCCCUGAUCCGCCAUCUGGUCGCAACGUUGUUUACCGUAUGAACACCAUCGCUCCUCCCAACGUUACUGCCCCUCCAGCUUCCUCCACCACCUCGCUCAUCUUCCCGGAUUUCACAGAUCGGAUUUUCUCAUCCACCUCAGAGCCCAGUACCACUAUUGACACCACAACUACUGCCCCACAGACCACUACCAGAACUAUGUUUCACUUUGAACUGCUAGCUUUUUGUAAAAACACGGACUGUGCACUCACUAAGCUUAUCUUUCUAACUCUUCUGAUCCGCCUUAGUGUCACUUUGCCCACCACCACUACUACGCCCACCAUGUCCCCCUGGAAAGGAGAGGUGCCUCGUGUGUACGACCUGACCUGCGAUGAUACUGUGUGCCCGCCCGACAGCUUCUGUCUCAGCGAUUACGACGGCGGAGGCUCACGCUGCCACUGUAACCUCGGACGAAGAGGGGACACUUGCUCUGAGGUGGUACCUGUGAACUUUCCGAGGUUCUUUGGCUACUCUCACAUGACCUUUGAACCCUUGAAGAACUCUUUCCAGACCUUUCAGAUCUCUUUCGAGUUCAAGGCAGACUCUGAGGAUGGCUUGUUGCUAUACUGUGGAGAGAACGAACAUGGCCGCGGAGACUUCACCUCAUUGGCUCUGGUGCGGGGCAAGCUUCACUACAGGUUUAACUGUGGCACAGGAGCAGCUCAGAUAGUCAGUGAGAGUCGCGUUGUUGUCGGCCAGUGGCACAUGGUCACCGUCUUUAGGGACGGCAUGAGCGGCUGGCUGCGUAUGGACAACGACACCCCCAUAUCUGGCCGCUCGCAGGGCCAGUACACUAAGAUCACUUUCCGCUCGCCGCUGUAUGUGGGUGGAUCCCCGAGUGCUUAUUGGCUGGUCAGGGCGACAGGGACAAAUCGUGGCUUUCUUGGCUGCAUUCAGAGUCUGACCAUCAACAACAAGGCUACUGACAUCCGACCUUGGCCUCUGGGCAGAGCUCUGAGUGGAGCUGACAUAGGUGAGUGCAGCGACAGCGUGUGUGACCUGGUCAGCUGUGCCAACGAUGGAGUCUGCUUUGCAAACCGUGCCGAUGGCUUCAUCUGUCUGUGCCCGCUCGGCUUCAGGGGAGCACUUUGUGCAGAGACUUUCUCACUGUCCUCACCUCUCUUCAAUGAGACUGCGUUUUCGUACGCUGUCAUCCCCUGGCCUCAGUCCUCUCAGAGUUAUCUGUCCUUCAUGGAGUUUGAGCUGACGUUUCGGCCGUUGAUGCCCGAUGGGACGCUGCUGUACAGUGAUGACGCAGGCAGCGGAGACUUCCUGGCUAUCAACCUCGUUGACGGAUAUGUAGAGUUCAGAUUUGACUGCGGCUCUGGAGGAGCUACAAUACGGAGUGAAGAGAAGAUCAGACUGGACACAUGGCAUGAGCUGAGGGUGUCUCGCACAGCAAAGAGUGGUAUCCUCCAGGUGGAUAGUCAGAGGCCAAUGGAGGGAAUUGCUGAGGGAGCUUUCACUCAGAUCAACUGCAGCUCACCUCUUUAUAUUGGUGGAGUACCAGAAUAUGAUAAAACCAAGAGGACAGCAGGUGUGAUAAAGCCCUUCACAGGAAUUAUUCAGAAGCUGAUACUCAACGACCGCACCAUCCCGAUAACAACUGGCUCCGCUGGUGGAGUUAACGUAGCUAAUUCAGCUCACCCAUGUGUGGAAAGUCCCUGUGCCAAUGGGGGGACCUGCAGGCCAAAGUGGGACAGCUAUGAGUGUGACUGCCCCCUAGGGUAUGAUGGGAGGCACUGCCAGAAAGAGUGUGGGAAUUACUGUUUGAACACUGUGACUGAAUCCAUUGAGAUCCCGCAGUUCAUUGGCAGAAGUUACCUGACAUAUGACAACAGAGAUAUCCUGAAAAGGGCGUCUGGGUCCAGGACCAAUCUUUUCAUGCGUUUUAAGAGCACAGCCAAAGACGGUCUGUUGCUAUGGCGAGGAGACAGUCCAAUGAGACCCAACAGUGACUUCCUGUCUAUGGGGCUUCAGGAGGGUGCACUAAUCUUCAGUUAUAACCUGGGCAGCGGUACGGCUAACAUCGCUGUCAACGGGACUUUCACCGAUGGAAAGUGGCACAGAGUCAAAGCUGUGAGGGAUGGACAGUCAGGGAAGCUGACAGUGGAUGACUAUGGAGCAAAAACAGGCAGGUCUCCUGGAAAGAUGAGACAACUCAAUAUCAAUGGACCUUUAUAUGUUGGUGGCAUGAAGGAGAUAGCUCUUCACACAAACAGACAGUACAUGGGAGGCUUGGUGGGCUGCGUGUCCCACUUCACACUCUCCACUGAUUAUCACUUAGCACUGGUGGAGGACGCUGCUGAUGGCAAGAACAUAAACACCUGUUCCAACUAG